AUGGGGUUUUUUGACCAUUUGCAAAAGGGAGGCGCGUUUUCGCUGCAAGCAAAGAAACCUCAGAUUCGCAAGGUUGUCACCCAGAAAAAACCAGCACCGCAGUCGCAGUCGCGAUCCUCAUCUGCAGGCACCACGGACACCCAAGCAUCUCGGAGGACACCUAGCAUUAAAAGCAAACAUGUUGUCUCUCAGCACCGUGAGACUCAUGCAUCUUCGAAGCAACGCCUGAAAGCAACAAUCUCUAGAGGAAAUCUCAAGAGACCGUCACCCAUUCAGCGACUGUCGAGCGACGAUGACGACGAAAGCGAUACAGAUGCCUCUUUCGAAGUUCGCAAACGUACGAAGCUGAGUAACAGCGUUGAGCCAGACCUUUCUCGCCACAUUCGAUCAGCGGAAGCUUUCUCAGAGGAUGGACCCAAAGAGCUUACGAUGGUCCAUGCGGCCGAGAUCACAAUUAAGAAAGCGCCAGGAAAAUAUAAACCGGCUUUUGAAAAGGGGACAAAGAGUACUUUCACAGAGAUUACAUUACGGUAUCCGAGUAUAUACAAGGGCGAAAGAUAUCAACUGGCGGUGCCUAAGGAGAAUGACGAUUUCAAGCCUCUAGAUGAUAUCGUACAGGUUGUGGAAAUGGUAUCUCAAAAUUAUAUUCCUGAGGAUGCGCUUGAGGAAUUCGACCACGAGACUACAGGGAUCAAGAGAAGGAUUCGCCGAGCGUUUGCGCAUGCCUCCGAGGAAGAAUUCCGAGACGUAAUAGCGGACUACAAUCGUGCCGUCCAAAGAUCUGUAUCCGAUGGGUCUAUUGCGAAACAUCUAGACAAGACACAUGCCUUGCGGUUGCCUCUUGUAGAGCGCAUACUGACGCAGAUAUAUUCUCGAACGGUCUCCCCUCGAGUCGAGUCACUUCGUCAAUACGAGAACGGCACCGAUAAUGUAUAUGGCGAACUCCUACCUCGGUUUAUCAGCACAAUCUUUAGGGAGACCCAAUUGAAAUCAGGCCAAGUAUUUGUUGACUUGGGCUCUGGAGUCGGGAAUGUUGUCCUGCAGGCCGCGCUGGAGAUUGGAUGUGAAAGUUGGGGCUGUGAAAUGAUGCCCAACGCCUGCACGUUGGCGGACUUGCAAAGGGCGGAGUUCAAGGCGCGAUGUCGCCUAUGGGGAAUCACACCCGGGGAGACUCGUCUUGUUCAGGGCGAUUUCCUCGCAGAACAGAGCAUACUCGAAGUCCUCAAACGAGCUGACGUGGUGCUCAUCAAUAACCAAGCCUUCACCCCUCAGUUGAACAAUGAGUUGAUUAAUCACUUUUUGGAUAUGAAAGAAGGCUGCAAGAUCGUCUCAUUAAAAUCUUUCGUGCCGGCCGGCCAUAAGAUAACGUCUCGCAAUUUGAAUUCGCCAAUCAAUCUGUUAGAUGUCCGGCGACUGAAUUACUGGUCCGACUCUGUGAGCUGGACAGACGUCGGCGGAACUUACUUUAUCGCCACUAAAGACAGUUCUCGGUUGAAGGCCUUUGCUGAUAGCCAGGCAUUUUGA